AUUUUAAGUACGGUCGUAUGACCGAACGAAAGAAAGAAUAACAACAGAACCGAAACAAAACGUUGAGAGAAAGGAACGAGACAACCGUACGAUUCGGAUGGGUUGAAGUGAGUCGACCGAAAGUGUUCGUUUUGCAAGUGUUAUUGUUCAUGAUUAUGAAUCAAAUGAAGCAGCGAUCAGUCUCAUAGAGUCAUUGGGCAAAAUGGCCGAAAGUAAAGGUUCUCUGUUAGCAAAAUCGGUACAAAAACAUGCAGGUCGAGCCAAGGAAAAGCUAUUACAAAAUCUUGGCAAAGUUGAUCGAACGGCCGAUGAAAUUUUUGAUGAACAUUUAACGAAUUUCAAUCGUCAACAAAAUAAUGCGACCCGUCUUCAAAAGGAAUUUAACAAUUACAUACGUUGCAUCCGAGCCAUGCAAACGGCAUCGAAAUCGUUGAUGGAAGCCAUUGAUGAUGUGUAUGAAUCACAAUGGACGGGUGCUGAUGCAUUGAAUGCUCAAACACAACAAAUUGAUUCAUUGUGGCAAGACUUUUCGCAUAAAUUGGGCGACCAAGUGCUCAUUCCGUUGAACACAUAUACGGCUCAAUUUCCGGAAAUGAAAAAAAAAAUAGAAAAACGUAACAGAAAAUUAAUUGACUACGAUGGACAACGGCAUUCAUUUCAAAGUCUUCAAGCGUCGGCGGCCAAGCGUAAGGAUGAUGUUAAGGUGACAAAGGGACGCGAACAAUUGGAAGAGGCGCGACGAACCUAUGAAAUAUUGAACACGGAAUUACACGACGAGCUGCCUGCAUUGUACGAUUCACGGAUCUUGUUUUUAGUCACCAACUUGCAAACGCUCUUCGCAUCGGAACAAGUGUUCCACAAUGAAACGCAAAAGGUUUAUGCUGAAUUAGAAGCGAUUGUUGAUAAAUUGGCCACAGAUUCACAACGUGGAUCCUAUACUAUAAAGAAAAUUACAGCGAGUGGCAAUUCGAGCCCACCACAAUCACCAAUCAAAUCAAACAGUGCCACGGUUAACAAUCUUUAUCCAGACACAAAUACACUCACAAAUGGCGGAGGUUCCAGUAAUGGAAAUAGUCCAACAUCGUCAAGCAGUGCGCCAUCAUCGCCUAAAGAGCAACCACAAUCUUUAUCGUCGUCAGGUAAUGAUUCCGAAACGAAUGCUGUCGAUGGUGAAACCGAGGAAUUGGACAACGACAAAUCAUUGACAAAUGGCAAAUCCACCAUCACGAACAAUGACGACAGUGGCAAUGCUGAACCAUCGUAUCAAAAUAAUGCCGUUGUGGCUGCCGUUCGAGCAUCACGGGCCGCGCAAUCGGAUGCUGAAUACGAGAAUACCGUGCAAACGGCGAACACAUCCGAAACAAAUGGAUUGAAUUGUAGUGCCAGUAGCUCAACAGCUGUUAAUAACAACAACAAUGUGGCCAACGUUGCUUCGAGUGAAUUGGUGAAUGGCAAUGCCACUGACGCAGCCAAAAAAUCAUCUGCCGAUGCUGCAAGUAAGGACCAGUUGUAUGACGUGCCCGUCGGUGCAACUACAACAGAUUUACCGCCUGGUGUCCUCUACAGAGUAAAAGCUACAUACAAAUAUGUCAAAGAGGAUGUUGAUGAGUUAAGUUUUGAUGUUGGAGAAACCAUUCAAGUCAUCGAGUAUGACGAUCCAGAAGACCAGGAGGAGGGUUGGUUGAUGGGCCAGAAGGAAGGUACAAAUGAGAAGGGUUUGUUUCCGGCUAAUUUCACUCGACCAUUGUAACAUUGACAGAGUAACAAUAACACAGUCACCCUGUUUCUAUACACAUACAAACAAAAAUGCGAACGUAAAAUCACCAGUUAGUAACCGGUAUAUCAAUCAAAAUAACGAAGAUGACCAACCACAAGUAUCGCAUGGGAAUGAAUGCAAAAUAAUGCAUCAGAAUCAAUUGGCCAUUUCAAUGAAACAACAACAGCGACAAGAAAUUGUUCUAUAUUAAUAACAAAAGAAAGAAAAAGCAAAACAAACAAACAAGAAACAAUGCAACUCCACCAUAGAAAUUAAUUUUUACAAUUAAUUCAUCGCAUAUUCACUUGAUAGAGAGACACUUUGUCGAUUUCAUCCGAUCAAUAGAAAGCAUGAUGGGCAUUGAAUGAACUUUUGAAUUAUUGAUAUUUGAAGAAGAAAAAAUGCCGACAAUUAUCCAAUUUGCAUCAUGGAAAGCUAUUAUUAUUUUGGAAAAAAGAGCAACAAGUCCGGAAAAUAUUGACCAUUCAAAAUUUCAAAUUGCGUCAUUCAGCCAGAAAUCAAAACACAUAAUUAAGUCGAACCACAAACAAUCCGUAAAUAACAAAAAAAAAAUCUACGACUAGAUAUAUUGUAAAAAAAAAAUAAACAAAAGAUUGCCUAUUGCAUGCAAGACAACUCUGGAGGGGUGGCAAAAACUUUUAAUAACAAAGACACUAGCAAAUGAUGUUGUUUUCUUUUUGUCAAAUAUUGUAACAAAUUGUUCGAAAAAGAAAAAUCAAUCAAAUCGAACACUUAUAUCGUUGAAUAAUAUUUUACGGUUUUUUUCCCUCUCGAAAUCAACAUAUAUAAGAACAAUGUAUUGUAUUUUGUACAUAAAAAUUUAUCUUUUAAAGGAAUUUACACAAGAAAAAGAAACACGAGAAGAGAAAUGAAACAAAAAAAUGAUGAAAACAACUUUAUUUUUUAAUAAUAAUGAACUAAAUCUGUGGAAGAGAGUAACGAAAACACAUAAAUUAAUCAAAAAAAAAAAAUUGAGAAGAAAUUGAACCGAGUCGUGAACAUAGUGAGAGAAUGGUUUUUUUUUUUUAAUUAGAUACAAAAAUUUAAAACAAAAAUGAUUAAUUUUGAAGAAGAAAAAACUAAUAAAACUCCUCGGAUUUUUUUUGUCAACAUAUUAUGAGAUAUUGCAUUUCCAAGUGCAAUUCCACUUUCAUACUAAUAUAAAAUGACUGUAUCAAGCCUCUCGAACACGGUAUAUGGAUGGACAAUUAAUACUUAUAUAUAUUUAUAUAUUGAGCAAAGAAAAGCGAAUAGUAAAACAAUUGAAUUAAAAAUA